GCCACCCGUGCCCGCCGCCCCGCGAUCCCGCCCUCCCCGCCCCGCUGCUGCGGGCCUUCCUCCGUCCCUCAGCCUGCUGUGCAUCCUGGAGAUGCAGAAACCAUGUAGCAGAAAGCUUUGAGCAGCUGUGGAUGAUCACUUUCUCCCAAGAGGAGUAAAAAGUGAAGGAUGAAGGCGACUGGAUUUAUUUCCCUGUGGACGUUGGUUUCACUGCCUUGUGGCCCGUUAGCCAGCCCUGCAGAACGUGAGGAUGUGGUGAAACAUGCCAUCAAGCUGCACCGUGGGAAGGGGGCUGGCAUCACUCAGAGGAAGCAGUGGGUGUUGGAGAGCUGCAGAAAACUCUCUGGUCUUCUUCGCCAAAAGAACGUUGUUCUCAACAAACUAAAAAACGCCAUAAGAGCAGUUGAGAAGGAUGCAGGACUGUCUGACGAAGAGAAACUUUUUCAGGUGCACACCUUUGAAAUCUUCCAAAAGGAGCUAAAUGAAAGUGAAAACUCAGUCUUUCAGGCAAUUCAUGGCCUUCAGAGAGCUCUACAAGGCGACUACAAAGAUGUUGUAAAUAUGAAAGAAAGCAGUAGACAGAGACUGGAGGCCUUGAGAGAAGCUGCAAUUAAGGAAGAAAUGGAAUAUGUUGAACUCCUAGCAGCAGAGAAACACCAGGUUGAAGCCCUUAAGAACAUGCAGCACCAAAACAAAAGCCUGUCAAUGCUUGAUGAAAUUCUGGAAGAUGUCAGGAAGGCAGCUGAUAGAUUGGAAGAGGAAAUAGAAGAGCAUGCCUUUGAUGACAACAAAUCUGUAAGAGGUGUAAACUUUGAAGCUGUUUUAAGGGUGGAAGAAGAUGAAGCCAACUCCAAAAGAAAUGCUUCAAAAAGAGAAGUAGAAGAUGACUUAGGACUUAGUAUGCUUAUUGAUUCUCAGAACAAUCAGUAUAUCCUUACUAAGCCCAGAGACUCAACCAUUCCUCGUGCUGAUCAUCACUUCAUAAAGGAUAUUGUGACAAUAGGAAUGUUGUCUUUGCCGUGUGGCUGGCUGUGCACAACAAUAGGAUUGCCAACCAUGUUUGGAUAUAUCAUCUGUGGAGUACUCUUAGGACCCUCAGGACUAAAUAGUAUCAAGUCUAUUGUACAGGUGGAGACAUUAGGAGAGUUUGGUGUAUUCUUCACUCUCUUUCUAGUUGGUCUGGAAUUUUCUCCUGAAAGAUUAAGAAAGGUAUGGAAAAUAUCUUUGCAAGGACCCUGCUACAUGACAGUUCUGAUGAUUGCCUUUGGUUUACUGUGGGGGCAUUUGCUCCAAAUUAGACCAACACAGAGUGUCUUCAUUUCCACUUGUUUGUCUUUGUCAAGCACACCACUGGUGUCCAGAUUUCUUGCAGGUAGUGUUCGAGGAGAUAAAGAAGGGGAUAUUGACUACAGCAGCGUACUGCUUGGCAUGUUGGUGAUGCAGGAUGUGCAGCUUGGUUUAUUUAUAGCUGUCAUGCCUACACUUAUUCAAGCAGGAGUGAGCACAUAUUCCAGCAUUUUCAAGGAAAUUCUGAGAAUACUGAUCCUGAUUGGCCAAAUUCUGUUCUCUCUGGCUGCUGUUUUUCUGCUAUGUCUUGUUAUAAAGACUUAUCUCAUAGGACCGUAUUACCGCAAGUUGCACACAGAAAGCAAAGGGAACAAGGAGAUCCUCAUUCUAGGGAUAACUGCAUUCACCUUCCUUAUGUUAACGCUUCACUUUCUUGAAAUGCAACCUUAAAAUUCCCUCUUUGCUCUUGAGCAGAUCUAAGUUACUGAAGCCUGAAAUUUGCACCAAAAUUUUAUUUAAUUUUACUGCUGCCUUAUCAUAUUCAUUAAGCUUCUGUGAUGAUGAAAGAGUAGCUAUAAGAUAGACAUCGUUGGAGAAUAUAAGCAAAACAACUGCUGAACAGAUGGUUGAGAUUCACCCAGAACACGUUAUAGCAGUAUGUAUAUUUAUUUAUUGAUGUGGUGGAACAUUUGAACAUAAAAAUCCAUUAUUCUAGUGAAAGCAAACCAAUCCUUUCUGAAUUGGAAUAAAAUGGGACCCUUGAAUACAACUCAAAGCUUAGUUGUGCUGAGAAAAACGUGUGAAUUGACAGAGUUUUUAAUGUAAUUUUGACUGAAAAAGCUUUCUGUGACAUAGGAGUUGACAAGAGGACAGUGCAAAGCCCAGGGAUUAGUAAUGGCUAAAGCCCUGUUGGUAAAGGUUGAGCAUUAGAAAUGAUGCAGAGAGGGAAUACUACAUGCUCAAUACUCUCCAGGUAUGGCUUGUGUAAAAAGCUCUGCUGUGAAUGCCUUCCUGCCAGUAAAACAAGUCCUCUCCAGUAUGUGUGUGCACAUGUGCCCAUACAUUAUAUAUAAUAAACCCUGAUGCUACAGUUCAGUUGAGGAAAUGUGUCCACUUGUAGAUAAUACUGUGGGACAACUAGUGACCAAGAUGGGAAUUGUAAAAGGAAUUUCUGUACAAAGCUACAUAUAAAAGGUUGGACUUGAUAAUCUCAAAGGUCUUUUCCAACCUAGGUGAUUCUGAAAAUCUGAAGAACAAAUUGGAGGAGAAGAGAGAGUGCUAAGAAGAUGAUAGAAUUUUUGGUUCUUUUCUUGCUCUUUGAUAGACUUUACACUUUUCUGUAUGUAGAGUGACGUAUGGAUUGUGUAGAGCUGAAGUUGGGUAGUACCCAGAGACUAGACAAGAAACAGUAAAACUUGCCUAUUUUUUUUACCAGGCCCUUGAGCUUAUACUUGACUUGCCAUAAACUGAAGGAAUGUAAUUCAGUUUUCAUGCUGUGGGAACAAAUUCCCAGUUAGACAUGCAGUUUGCUCCAGUUAUGUCUGAUGCUUUCUGAACAAACAUGUUUCUUUCACACUCAAAUUGCUCCUUGCUUGAAGAGGGAUUCUCACAACAGUGCGGUGUCUUGCAAUUCUGGUACAAGAUAUGCUGCAUGUCUUCCUUUAUGGUAACCUAAUCCUGGCCAAGGGAAUGUUGAAAAUACUAGCUAUAAAAAUUUUGAUGUAGAGCUCUGUUGCAAUUGAUAGCACUUAAGUAUGGGAAGAUUAUAGCUGAGUAGUAAAAAUAAUUCCAACUUUAUUUGAAUAGGCUGUAUUGGAUCUUAAUCAUCCAAAAGAGGCUGUGACUUUUAAAACAACUAAUAUAUGAUUGAGAAGAACUUAAGUGUUUCCUAUUCAUAACUGUUUCCUUAAUUUUAUUCAUCUCUUGGUGACUUUAAAGUCCUUCAUGUAUAUAUUGCCUUCUUCCCUCUUACAAUUUCAAAUUGUUCUAAAAAGCACUGAAAAUCCUUUUGUUUUAAAAUGAGAAUUACAUUGCCUUGUUUGCUUUGCGUGAUCAGCAACUAAUUAUAUUAGUUGACAGAACCAAUUUAUCACCUCAAGUAUAUUGGAAUAAAUUAGUGUGUUAUCACAAAUGCACUUGUGUGAUGAGCAUUCAGACAUUAUUACUUCAGUACACAAAGGUCUUGGGGUUAUUUUUAGGUGCCAUCUUAUGCAGAGAGUGGAGACUCGUUUAUUGUGUCUUUUGCACUCCUCCAUUGGAGGAGUGGAACCAUUCAAGAUACAAUGAAUGGUGUCCAUAAAUGUACUAUAGUGUAUUCUUCCUCAAUCUAAAUUAGAAUAAAAGUAAGUCAUUGGUUUUAAAUGUUCUAUUAAUAUUAGUAAUGUUGUCCUUUCUCAGCAAGAUGACCAUCUUCAGCCAUGUGAUUUUAAAGUAAUUAUUUUAAAAUAUACUUUAUACCAUACCAUGCAUUAGAGGUGCAGUUUGCUUUUUUUUGUGUUCCAAGCUUUGCCUCAAGCAGUUUAGUGUUUUGUUUAGUCUCUUUACGUGUUUCAUCUCUUCUUCUAGUACUGCAUUAAAAUAUUAAAGAAGAAUGAAGCAGUCUGAAUUCUUUCAAGUAGUCAUUGUGCUUCAUUUCAGCAGUUUACUUUUUACACUUACAUGAAUCCUUAUUCAGUAAAGCACACAGGCACAUUUGAAUCAAAUUUACAAUAAUAAAAUGUAAUUUAUGCCAGGGACUUCUGCUAGAUUGAGACUCUUCUCCCAAAUAUAAGCUUGGAUUUUCUUUUUUUUCCUUGUUUGACAGCUGGAAAAUACCUUGUUCUUACUUCUUUAUUUCACAGCCUCAAUGUAUUAUGUAAUCCUGACUCCAAAGCUGUCACAGGCUCUCUCUGACUUGUGAAAUCAAAUGCUGUCCAUAAGGAUCACACAAAGCAUUGCAAUGUAGAUUAAGAAAUUUAUUUUUGUUUUUGUGGGAAAGAAGGUAACACAAAGGGAGAAACUAGAUUUGUGAGUCUUCAGUAUAAAUACAAUACUGCAGAACAUUGAAAUACACACACUGAAUUCUGUUUGUUGUUGAACUUGCAUAAAGACACAGUAAUUUCCAGCAUUUGGUAUAAUGUAAAGUUUUAUAGUUUCACUGUGAAAUGGUAUAUAAAGUCA